UCUUAGCAAUGAAGAAGCUUUACCGCCGUGGGAGCGUUCAUCCGUCGCCACCGAUCAUCUCCGACCAUCUUUCCUUCCUUCCUGCGACGAUCUUGACCCUCACGGCCGCUCUCUCACCCGAAGACCGAGAAGUCCUGGCUUACCUCCUCUCCUGCUCCAACAGCUCUGUCAACUUUGACGGCCGCCGUAGGACCACCCACCAUAAAGGCGGUGCCGAUCAUCCUCCUCAGUUCAACUGCAACUGUUUCCGUUGCUACACGAGUUACUGGGUAAGGUGGGACUCGUCGCCGAACCGGCAAGCGAUACAUGAAAUCAUUGAUGCUUUCGAGGCCGAGCUAAUGGCGCAUGGUAAGAAGAGCGGAAAGAGUAGGAAGGAAAGGAGGAAGAGAGGCUGUCACAACGGGUCGGCUGAGUUGAAGCGGCUGGAGGCGAGUUCGGUUAAGGACGAGUCAAGCGAGACGGACUCGCUGGGUGGAGAGAGUGGCAAUAGUCUUCAUGAUGGUGCCGGUGGCGGUGAUGGAGAAGAUGGGCUGGAGAAAGGGUCCGUGAGAAGGUUUGUAAGUUUCAUUGGGGAGAGGAUUUGGGGCGUUUGGAGCCAAUGAAAAUUGAGAGGGAAAGUGAAGGAAAAUGAAGAAAAAAAAUAAAAAGAAAAAAAAAGGUGGGUUUAGUUCCUUUUGAUUUUCUAUAUAUAAUCUUUUCCACUUUUUUUUUUUUUUAAUCUUUCUUUUUGUAUAUUACCCUUUUACAAUGUGAAAAAUGGGUAGUGUAAUUUUGGAUCAUCAAGAGUUGGCCUAUUUUCUUCAAAUUAAGCCAUCAGAAUUGAUGCUCCAUCACUUGUUUAUCUUCAUGGUUUCCAUCUAGAUAACGUAACUAGAUGGAAUCAGCGAAGUCGGUCAAAGUUCUGUGAAUAAAUAAGCUUAGGAAGUUUUAUCUUUCAAAUUAUAGCUUCUUCUAUCUAUUUGGACUUCAUCCAUCAAACAUGUAGAUUGUUUUAGCUUAACCAUCACCUUCUUGUGUUUCUCAGUAUAAUCAAAUUACUCUGUUGGGUUCA